AGAGAGAUGGAUAGGGAAGAUGAUAGGGAGGUGCAGGCCAAGCUUCUUUCGGACACACACAGGACUGAAGAAAGCUUAUGGUGGAGUGUGUGGAUUGAAUCAAAGAAGCUAUGGAUUGUUGCAGGGCCCGCCAUCUUCACCCGUCUAUCGAUGUUUGGGGUGUUCGCCAUCGCCCAAGCGUUCAUUGGACACAUCGGGAACACCGAGAUGGCUGCCCUGUCGCUUGUUUUCCAUGUCCUCGUCCGAUUCUCCAUUGGAGUACUGAUGGGCAUGUCAAGUGGGCUAGAGACUCUAUGCGGGCAGGCAUUCGGAGCCAAACAAUACCACAUGCUAGGGAUCUAUCUGCAAAGGUCAUGGAUAAUCGAAUCUGGAUUUUCAUUGCUCAUAAUUCCUCUCUUCAUCUUCUCAGCCCCGAUACUCAUAUCGCUGGGCCAGACAGAAGAUAUAGCCCUGAUGGCCAACACGAUCUCUCUUUGGUACAUCCCCAUCUUAUUAUUAUACAUCUUCAAUUUCACCCUCCAAAUGUACCUACAGGCCCAAAGCAAGAACAUGAUCAUCACAUGGCUGGCCAUGCUAUCACUGGGCCUCCACGUUCUCGGUUGCUGGGUCCUUGCUCAAGGGAUCGGAUUGGGUGUCGCCGGCUUGAUGGUGUCGAUGAUCUUCUCCAGUUGGAUGCCGAUCAUCGGGCAAUUGAUCUAUGUUUUCUACUAUUGUCCACAUACAUGGACCGGGUUCUCAAUGCAGGCCUUUAACGGUCUAUGGCCUAUCUUCAAAUUAUCAAUAUCUUCGGGUGUGAUGCUUUGUUUGGAGAUUUGGUAUAACUCAGCAUUGAUUCUGCUGACGGGCCACAUGGAAGAUGCAACCAUUGCAAUCAACGCCCUCUCCAUCUGCCUUAAUAUCAAUGGUUGGGAGCUGAUAAUAUCGUUUGGCUUCCUAGCAGCUGCAAGUGUUAGGGUGGCGAAUGAGCUAGGGAGAGGGAAUACAAAGGCAAUUAAGUUCGCAAUCGUGGUUGUUGUUGCAACUUCAUUAGCAAUUGGAGUGGUGAUUUGGGCCUUGAUAUUGGGGUUUCGACAUAACUUCUCCUACAUAUUCUCAAACAGCGCUGCGGUGGCAGAUGCAGUGUCCGAUCUCUCCAUCUUGCUCGUUUUCUCUAUUUUGUUGAAUAGCAUUCAACCAGUCCUCUCAGGUGUGGCUGUAGGUGCUGGAUGGCAAAGCGUUGUGGCUUACGUUAAUAUCAUCUGCUAUUACUUGAUAGGGCUUCCGCUCGGUAUUCUACUUGGUUUUGUUGCUGGUCUCGGUGUAAAGGGAAUAUGGAUGGGAAUGAUGGGAGGGACUGCUUCUCAGACAUUGGUGCUUCUCUACUUUACUUGCAAAACUGAUUGGGAUAAGCAGGUAUUGAUAGCAAAGGCACGUGUGAAUAGAUGGCUUAUCCCACCUUCCAAUGAAUUCGAUAAUAUCAUCGCCUAA